AUGGAUGAGCACGAAACAUUGGAAGACGGAUUGCUCAUCGAGCACGCCUACGGAAGCGUUCGAUGGAAAGGACCGAUUCAAAUACGGCGGAAUCUUCAACUCGAUCAGAUAGUGCAAUUUCGAAGGCGUGAAAUCGAAGUUUACCCAGAUACCGUAAACAAACCACCCAUUGGAGAAGAACUGAAUAGAAACGCUGAAGUAACUUUGCACGGAGUUUGGCCACUCAACAAUGAAAACUCAACUUAUGCGCAACAUUGGUCAAAUCGACUAAAAGAAAAGCUUGAUCUGAUGGGUGCACGAUUUCUCGGAUACACAACUGCAACUGGCACGGUGACCUUCGAAGUGGACCAUUUCUCGAAAUAUGGCUUGAAUCAUGCGGAUGAAGAUGACGACGUAGAAAUGCCGAUUAGAGAUCAAGAUACUUCUCGCCAAGAAUCCGAUUUACAACUUCAUGUGCAAAGAGCUAGAACGGAUAGAUUUAUUGUCGACGAAGACAACGAGGUUUCUACGCCGCAAACAAUACAAGAGUUUGGUUUGACACCUCGCUUUUUUGCUCCAAUGACAGCCGGAUUUUCAAUCACACCCAUACGGUCCUUCAAGAGAAAGGUCGCGUUUAACGAUCGAGAUCCGGUUUUUGAUGCGUCGCUUCCCGUGAUGAAAAAAUUGGAAGUCGUAGAAACUACCGCACAUCGACAAGUGCUUUCGAGAAGAUUCGAUUAUGAAAAUCAAGUAGUGGACGAAGUGAUGGUUUUCGACGCAAAAAUGGAAGAUGCGCCAAAGAAAAAAACGAGGGAAAUCGAGAAAACUGAACCACUUCCGCGAGAAGGGCCAUUACCGUCAGAAUUGACCACUCGUCCACUCGAAGGAGGACCAAUCGAUGUGGUGGCUUCGAAGGGACCUGGUGCCUCUAUUCGCAUGAUUUCUAAAAGUGGCGGUUUGAUGACUAUUGUGAAACCAUCGUCCUGCAAAGUGGCUGUUGUACCUUUGGAUUUUCCAGAUGAUCUUGAAACGGAUGAAGAUUGCAACACGAAAACGUUAUUUGUUCAACCAUCGGGCGACUUUCAAGGACUCAUCAACUCUUACAUUCGUGUCCACGAUUUAUAUGACAAGGAAUCUCAAGCGAGGCUAUGGACUUUGUGCGCCCUUCUUUUCAAGAAAAAUGAAACAACUUUGGAAGAAUGGCAUAUCGAAAGAGCGCAAAUGAUGGGAUCUUGGAUUCAAAAGGUGCUCCGGGAUGAAGAAGCAAACACUUUGUGGGAAUACGUUUCAAGGGGGAAAUUUGACGAGUUGCCCUUUUCUUGUUUACAACGAUUUGUUGUGUCCGCCUCCUUACCAUUGUGUCAUGACACGAAUGUUCGUUCGAAAGCGCGAAAGCAGAUUGACUAUUGGCUCAACAAUCGUCAAUUGGAUCUGGUAAAUCAAGAUGAGCUUAAAACGUAUAUGGUGAUUGCUGGCAUGAGGAAACUAACAUGGAAACGAGCAUCUGGAGAGUACGAGUUCGUUAACAUCUAUUCGGGACUACACUGGCUUCAGGCUUUCGGUCUUCAUGUUUGGUAUCUGGGCGAAGAAGAUGAGCCGAUUUCCAGAUCAGUCGACAGGCUAAUUGAAGAUGCGAAUGAUCAACUGUUGAUGCUUCCAAUUCGAGAUCCUGCGUGGGAGCUUAUUCGUUUUGCCGGUGCCGAACAUCAUCGACCAAUUGAGCCCUGUCUUGAAGCUGCCCAAUUUUGUACUUCAUGGGUUUCAGACUUUUACCCAAGUUGGCACAUGUGGGCUGUGAUUCAGACAGCUGGCAAUUGGAAGAUGGAUCCGGUAGCCGAAGAAAAGCUCCACCGACAAUAUGCAGCUCAACUUGUGUCUUGUGGCUCCUUACAUUUGGCCGUGUUUGUCCUCUCACACAUCCAAAAUGAAAUCAAUCGUACCUUGGCAAUUCAAUCGCUUUUGAUUGCUGAGGUUGCUUCCUUGAAUGAUGCGUUGAUCAAUAAGAUGAUGUCUCUUGUCAAAAUUCCCGACAAGCUUAUCUACACGGCCCUAGCUCUUCACGCAAAGUUAAACUUCAAAGCUGACGAUGAAUUUGAAUAUCACGUAAAAGCGAAAAAUUGGACCGAUGCAGAGAGUUUAUUCGUGAAUAAACUGGGGCGAGAGGCGAUUCUAUUGGGUGAUUGCAAACGAUUGAGUAGCCUUACUGAAAAGCUUAAAUCCGAUUUGAGCAUAGAACAAAGAUGGUGUCCAAGAACGUUGUUAUUCGCGGAGUACUCUUACUUACUCGUAAUUGUUGCGUCAAAAGGUGAAAAAAUAAGUUCAGAGUUGGUUCAAUUAUGCAACUCUAUUGAUGAACGUUUGGAUGGAGAAGAACAUUUAAAAGCACCCUUCAAAGAAAUCGCAACUACGAUCGCCUUAUACGUAGCGACGCUUCGUGCAACAAUUGGCGCUCCAAGUUGGAUGCAGGGAUCAGCUGCCGGAAAAAGAUGUGUACGAUUUGGUUUCUCCACGGCCGAUAUGGGCAAAAUAAAUAGACUUUUGAGGAACGCAGAGGCUCCG